CCAUGUAAUUUUAUAUUUGAGUAUUCAGAUUCGUGUAUCGUGGCGCAGUGGUCGCGCGGCCAGGCGCACUCGCGCGCGCUUCCAAAAAUAAACGCGAUUGUGUUACGAACUUCUGUUCUCUGCUCUUCUGUGUAGUGUUGUGUUGUGAAGUUAUGUUUUUGAAUUGGUACAGCAGAACAUUUCACAAACACUAAAAAAGGACUAUUAAGUAUUCAUUACGCUAUUUAAAAUAUUCAUAAUUACAAAUGGCUCAAAGAUAAAAAACGAAAUUUAAACCAAUCGAGUGUGGCACAACCUGAAGAGAUGUCGCUUGUGGCUCCCAGGAGGGUCCAACUGGACUGGGCCCACACCAUUCCAUGGGAGCAGGAGCCGACUUGCGAGAGGGAGAACCCUUUCAAGCAGCAAGCGCCGCAUCAAUCUAACAGAUCAGAAUCGUCUUCUUCGUCAGCGGAUACCGCCUCGCAGGGCUCUGGCUCGGCGGCGCCGGCGCAGCGGCCGCGUCGACAUGAACCACAGUUGUUGUUCCAGAGGGAAGAGCGGCGAGAGCAAGCCGCCAGCACUCCGAGAGUACAACCUAACCCGCUAUUGAGAUCCCGCACGCUCCCGAACUUCGGCGGUCGAGCGUCGCGGUCGGGCUCGCGCGACACCUCGCGCCGCGCGCACCACAUCACCAUGGCCUCCGAGGACCUGCUGCAGCCCGGACACGUCGUCAAGGAACGAUGGAAGGUGGUAAAGAAGAUAGGCGGUGGAGGUUUCGGCGAAAUUUACGAGGGUCUGGACCUGGUGACCCAGGAGCAGGUGGCGCUGAAGGUGGAGUCCGCGCGCCAGCCCAAACAGGUGCUCAAGAUGGAGGUAGCGGUGCUCAAGAAACUGCAAGGCAAGGAGCACGUGUGUCGUUUCAUCGGCUGCGGUCGGAACGCGCGGUUCAACUACGUGGUGAUGCAGCUGCAGGGACGCAACCUCGCCGAGCUGCGGCGCGCCCAGCCGCGCGGCGCCUUCUCACUCUCCACCACGCUCAGAUUGGGACUACAAAUACUCAAAGCUAUAGAUUCUAUACACUCAGUAGGAUUCCUGCACAGGGAUAUUAAACCUAGCAACUUCAGUAUCGGCCGGCACCCGUCCAACUGUCGCAAGGUGUACAUGCUGGACUUCGGCCUGGCGCGCCAGUACACCACCAGCAACGGCCAGGUGCGGCCGCCCAGGGCCGCCGCCGGGUUUAGAGGCACGGUCCGCUACGCGUCCAUAAACGCCCACAAGAACAAAGAGAUGGGCCGCCACGACGACCUGUGGUCGCUCUUCUACAUGCUGGUCGAGUUUGUCAACGGACAGCUGCCGUGGAGGAAGAUUAAGGAUAAGGAGCAGGUGGGCCUGAUGAAGGAGAAGUACGACCACCGCCUGCUGCUGAAGCACCUGCCGUCGGAGCUGCGCCAGUUCCUGGAGCACGUGCAGCAGCUGGAGUACGCCGACACGCCCGACUACGCCAUGCUCACGUCGCUGCUCGAGCGCUGCUGCAAGCGCCGCGGCAUCCGCGACACCGACCCCUACGACUGGGAAAAGGAUGCGGCGGUGUGUCCGGUGCGCGGCCGCGCGGCGCUGCUGCCGGCGCCCGAGCCCGCGCCCGCCGACGCGCCGCCGGAACACCAACAGCCCCGUCGGCGUCUGGAGACGGAAGCGACCACGGCGGUCGCGACCGACACGCAGACCAACCUGCAGAAGGAGAAGGCGGUCGAGAAGAGAGUGCAGCCCGCCUCGCCACGGCACGCGCACCACAUCAAUGGAUACUCAACUGCAGAAAAGCCUACUCAAGAAAAGGAGCCCGAGACAAGAACCACGCCUGCACCAUCGCCUGAUAGACAUGCCAAGGAAACAAGCAACUCAGCAGUAACCGGUACAACUGCCACUCGUCCGGAGAGACAGAGCGUGCCGCCGUGCAAGCCGCGAGCGCCUGCACCCGGCGGCGGUCCGACGCUGGCGCGGCUGCGCGUGGUGACGGCGCCGCCCACCUGCGUGCAGGACCUGCAGGCUCACAACACCACGCAUACGCCAGGCGAGGCCAUUAGUCCUCGAAUAGUGGCCGACGUGGACAGCGUACAUUCUGAUACGCAUUUCAAGAGAGGUAAGAGGGGCGGCCGCCGCGCCGCCCGCGCCCGCGCCGACCAGAGCUACACACAGUUCGCCGUCAUGGACGACGAGAACGUCUCCGCGCUGCAGCAGGUGACAAAAGGCGGUGCUCUCACGUUGGUGUCGCUGUGGAAGUCGCAGUUCGAUGAUUCCGAGGAGACCACAGACAACGAAUGGAAACAGGAACAGUUGCAGUCGCCGGAGCACCGCGCGCGCGCCGCCAGCGCCGUGUCGAGCGCCUCGCGCGCCUGCACGCAGCACACGCAGCACACGCAGCACACGCAGCACACACAGCUGCACAACUCGCAGCACCACACGCUGCACACGCAGCCCUCGCAGCCCUCCACGCACACCGCGCAGCACGUGCCCGCCACAGCGCCUGCGCCUGCGCAACCACAGGUGCAAGAGAAAUCCCCGCCGCCCACGACGCCGUCGCCGAACCCGCCGCCGCUCAGCCGGCCGUCGCCGCCGAUGCGACAGACGAGCGACCCCAACCGGAGACCCGCACCGACCCCGCGCCGGAAACAACAGCCCUCGUGUCUGCACAUCCCUGGCAUCGAAGCGUACCCGAAUCUACAGCCCACGCUACCCCGGUGUUGGUCUUUACCUGCUAUAGGGUCUCACGUGCGUUGGCUCCGGCCGCCGCUGGUGCAGCAGGCGUCGUUCGAGGGCGGCGCGGGCGGCGCCGGCGUGCGCUACCGCGUCGACGUCAUGCGCGGCGUCGCCAGCCGCCACCACCACGACGACGAGCUGCCAAGACCCGCCAGGGCCUUGAGCUUGCCGAGCCUGUCGAGUUCGUCGAGUCGCAGCGCAGGCGGCGGCAGUGGCGGCGGCAGUGGCGGCGGCGGCGGCGCGGCGCGUGCGGCGGAGGGCGCCACGGUGUCGAGCCGGCUGGAGAUCCGCGUGCGCCCGCCCGACCACGCCUCGCCGGGACACUCCGUAAAAAUCCACUCGGUUGUGAGCGGCGGCGAGCCAGUGAGACUGAACCACGACGAGACCUCCGUCUACUAUGACGCCACCGAACACCACAGAGACAAACGGUCAUCAACGCGCAGCGGCGAAAAGAGCCAAAGCCCGGCCGUGGAGAGGACAAGACUUGACGCCAUACCGGACAGAAGCAGCAUGGCGAUCAAGAAGGAAAUGAAAGAAACGGCAAACGCGGCCGGUGACGGCUCGCAGAGUCUCAGAGAUCGCUCGUCGGGCAGCGCGAGCACGUCGCGCAUCCCGAUCGCCACGGCCGGCGAGAACCGCCUCGCCAAGUGCGCCUCCUGGAGCGGCGACGGACCGCUCUGCGCUGAUCUCACGCCCGCACUCAGACGACGGCGGCAGAACGCAAAUGAAAAAUACGCGGUAGAUCCCACGCGGGAACUGAACUUACGCUUCGCACGUCCCAGACACCGACAACCGCCGCAGCACCACUCCAGGAGCGCGUCUCGCGGCGUGCCGGCGUUGCUGAUGUCGUCGCCGCCACAGUCGGGCGGCGAGUGCGGCUCGUCGUCGUCGGGCUCGCCGCCGCCCGCGCCGGGCCCCGCGCACGCGCCCGCGCCCGCGCCCGCGCCGCCCGCGCAGCCGCCGCCGCACAACGCUGCGCGCGCUCGACGCUUCCGACCGCUCUCUAUAGCGCCAUAAGUGCUGACGCUAGCGUGUGACGCGACGGCGAGGCAGCCGUUGUGAACGCCCCCGACGCCCCCCGGCGCCCUCCACUGGGGGGCGAGCCGUACCGCGACGCCCCCCGCUCACAGCGGAUAUCAUCACGCGCCAAAUUUCGGGCCAACUGUCUAGUCAUUCGUUAAAAAAUUAUUAUGAGCCGUAUGUCUUCUCAAGCCCACUUGGUGGGCCAAAGCCCAGCGGUGGGCAAUGCCCAGCGGUGGGACUUCGAGGUUUAGGGCAUCCACCGCGCCUAUAUGCCUAGUCAUUAUCAUACGAAAUUGUAGCCCUCCCCCCUCCUUAAAUUUCUCCCAUUUUAGAUAAGUGAGAUGUUGAAAUGUAAAUACCCUUGGGUAUUAAGGCUAUGUGGAUAUGAAUUGUAUAGCGUGUUACAAAAUUAGGUUAAUAUUCUUCCUUCCCCCUUCUAUUUACUAAGACCGGCAAGAGGAUAGCAACCAACGACGAGUUUAGUCUUAAUAAUUUACAAAAAGAAUGUAUAAAAUGUCGACUCGUAUAACGCCUCUUCCAUUCCCGAUCGCCCUAUAGACCGGCGUUGUUUUUGCAACUAACCAUAGUUAAUCUAUUGUUGGUUGUCUUGGAAUAAUAAUUGUUGAUAGAAGAAAUAAAAUAUCUUUUCAAAUAAAAACUAAGACUGUUAAAACUUUAGCUCCUUGAUAUUAGGAAAGCAAGUAGUUUCGGUGCAAACAUCCCCAAAACGCGAUGCAGCAUCGAUACAGCACCAUACCGAAGGUUAACCGUACCUGUGGCCCUCAAUAAUACAAGGUUAUGAUUCCAGCAGUGGAUGUUUGAAAAACUAAAGACCUUGUGUUAGAAACUGUCAAUCUUUAAAACGUUUGUAACAAAGUCUAGGUUGCGUCUAAGUCACCUUCUUGAGGUAAUGGAUAUGUAACUUGUGACGAGAAAUGAUAUACCAAUUAUAGAUAUCGAUACGUCGAUAAUUAUUAUGAAAAAGUUUACGUACAUAAUUGUACUUUAUUAUCUUUAUGUUAUAAUUUUAAAUAUUUUUUUAUUUAAAAUCAUUAUAAUUAUGAAAUUGUAAAUAAUAAUUCGACAUAUUUUUGAAAAUAUCGAAAAUGUGGACGAUACUAAACUAGAAUAAAAUCAUGGUAUUAAUAUGACUUAAUAUAUUUAAAUUAUUUUAAAAAAUUGACGAAACGUCGAUAAAUAUUUUAAAAUUUGACUCGGUUUUAUCGAUAAAUUUAUUACGAUGUAUUUUGUUGUCGAUGUUUAUUGUUUAAUAAGUUAGGAAUGUGUAUAUCUCACUGCUGGGCUCAUAUCUUCCCUUCAAGGGCUAUAAGUCCUUGCUUAUUAAUCUCGAAUUUUUACCCACACGCAAAAAGAGGGAUAUUAUGAAACUAGUGGUCGAAUUUGGGGUAGUUUUUAAAUCAACUUUAUCCUAUAGGGUUUCUUAUUUAUUCCCAUUUUCCAACAUAUAGAAUAAUAUCAUGGUCGUUAAAGCACUUUAAUCAUAAAAUAACUUAAGCUCCUUCAGGAAUAUUGACACAGUGACGUGUUAGUUAAGCUAUGACUCCGACUUUUGGGUUCGUAAUAUUCCCUAGAUAUCAUGGAAGUGUGAGAAUUAAAAAAUCAAUACUGCCAAGUCUAUAUUCCAACGAAAUAUGUAUAUAUCAGACAUAUAUGACUGACGGCUAAUCAUUUAUCAAAGCAUAAGUUGAUCGCGGUGGCGCUGUAGUCGCAAACUCAUUCGAUUUUCAAAUUUUGUCAGGUCAUUGUAUACAUUUUCUGAUUAGUUCCAAAAUACGCCACUUGCUAACUUGCUCAGUCAGUCACAUGUGCCUGAGGCGGCAGGCGCUAGGGGCGGAAGGCGGCGGGGGGAGGGUAUCUAAAAUCUCGACAUAUAGCUUUACAAACAAAAGAUGCCGUUAUAUUAGUACAUUUAAAUAAGAUUAUAUAAUUAUUUUUGUCUGGCUGUUUGAAUGUAUAUAUUAUUUGGUUGAGGCUGAUAGCUGGAGAGGGGAGGCGAGUGUACCUGGCUUUAGGAAUCGUUCCUUAAUAGUCACAUAUAUAUUUCAAUAACAGUGUUUUGUCUUUUUCACUCUUUAAGCAUUUAAUAUAAGGUAAAAGAAUUGCAAAACAUUGAUUAUUGUAAGCACUAAAAUGAUCCAAAGGAUCCGAGCCGCCGAUAACGUUACGUCAUUAUUUAAAUCUAAUUUCAACAAAUUCGCUUGCAUUUCUUAUGAGUUAUAUAUUUAUUUUGAAAUUAGUAUUUCACGCGUGCUAGUCUUCAUUUCAUGUGACGUCAUACACUGACCACAUAAUUUGAUAAAAGAUACUUUAGCUUCUUAGAACCUAUAACAAUAUCUUCAUUUAUACGUAUGUCUCUAUACUGUAUCGGAAAGAGCGAGAGAGAGAGAAUGAGAAAGAGAGAAAAAUUGUAAUGAAAAGCUGGUUUUAAAAAUAAAUUAGUAGUAGCCUCCACUUUGUAAAAGAAUGUUUGAAUAUAAUGAAUAUUUUUCAUACUUCUGCUACCUAUCCCCUAUAGCUUAAAUUAUGAAUUAAUUUCAUCUUGUACCCCAAUAUAUAGUCUUCCGACAGAAAGAUAGUAUCUAUCGUCGCUGUCUUAAACUAUGGUCCAAUACCUAAGUUAUUUGUUUUCCUCCAGAUAAUAAUAGGUAAAGAUUGUCAUUCAGUGCAAGCUAAAUUCACCAAUAAUUCCCAGUACUUUAAUUAAGAUUACCUCCUUUUAAAGUGUAAUUUUCCUCCAAUCAUUGUCUCAAAUUUCUAUAAAACUAAAAAACAACAAACAUUACUCUGUUUGUAUGCUGUAACAGUUACUUUCGCGUCUUGUUUACUCCGACGUUAAAUAUCACAAGAUCACAGUAUAAGUAUGUCAGCGUCCCUACAGCACGCAGCCGGCACACUCGCCCCCGCCCCGCGCGCCCACAGCUGGGCGUACGCACGCGAGGUUGCCCUCGCUGUACAUACGCUCUGUCGCGUCGCUUUAGCUGGCACACGGGCUUGUCGCGCCUGGACUACACUGGGAUCCAGGUUCAAUACCUAAAACGCCUAACAUACAUUUCCCCAUUUCUUCCCCUGAAAAUGUGUUACGACCGCUGGCGAAAAUAUCAUUAGACCAGUUUACUAAUUAAGUAACUUCUUGCAUACAUGAUAAACUAAAGUCCUAAAACUCCGUAUCCGUUCCGAAUGACGGCAAAUAAGUUCAUUUUGUUAAAAUAUGACUUUGAAUAUAGUAUGUACUAGGUUUUGUAAUACAAUUAGCCUAGGCAUAGCUGGCAGUCUUCUAUUCUAAUAGAGCUAAUUCGCCGCCAUGUUGUGACAUAGGCGGGAAAAAAAAUCUAUAUUUUUUUUAGAUUAAUCAUGGCUUUUGAACAAAGGUAUAGCUUUUUUAUGCUCUAGGUUUAGUUAAAUUAUUCCCUAGGAAGAUAUAGAAAGUAAUAUCUGAACUUAAGUAUACUAAUUUGCCGCCAUUUUGACAAAUGUACUCAACAGUCCCCCAUCCUAUCCCGGACUAAAAAUCAUGUUCCGCGUGCGCAAUGAAAAGUGAUGAACAUGGGAUUGUAAGUUGCUAAUUCGAAAAGUGAAGUCUUGUGCCGGAUAGUCUGUAUGAAAACUGAAAUUUAGAGUCGGAUUCGCAAUUGGGGUAUUAAAAUAGCUAGAGAGAGAUUCGAAAUAAAACAUAAUUUCAUACGGGGAUCUCGAGAAGGUGUAAUUGAAUCAAAGUGAAAUGGACUGUAACUACGUGCAUAUGAAACGUGUGAGGGUGGGAUAUUCCCAGUGUAGUCCACGGCGCCUCGCCCCCGGGCUCCUACCGUGUGCCACCGACGCUUCGUUACGUGAUGCACGCUCUAUUAUCGUUUAUUUUGCCAUAUUUUUUUAUAUAUACCGAAGUAUGCACAAUGAAAUUUAAAUAAAAGGUAAUUUUCCUUGA